CUUUCCCCGUUGGGCACUAAUGCAUAGUGGUAAGUUACAACCGCUCACGCAUGUUUGAAAAUAGAAGCGAGGCGCAGAGAUUUUCCUAAAAAUAGAUCGGAUACUCCUAGUCGGUGCUUUCCAAGCGAUCCUGACUUUCGAGUUUUUAGUCAGUUGAGAUUCGUUGAUCCAAGUACGCCGUUUUACUGAAUAUCUUUUCUGUUCCAGUGUCGAUUCGAAACCGCAAAUAAAUAUAAUUAAUGAGUGUAAUUCGUGAUCGCAUCGAGAACUGAAGAACAAUUUAAAAGGAGAAAGAAAAUGACCGAUAAAGCGGAAGUUCCAUUGAUUUGCGGCGCAGCCGGUGAUCCAUGCACCGCAGAAAUACCGAAACCAUUGAGUGACCAUGCGAUUGAUAAUAAUGCAGAUACGAAAAUAGCGCCGUUACCGGAAGUCAUAAAUUCGAACGUCUCACCCUUGGACUGCAAAGAAAUUUUACCUGAAAAUACCGCAGUCCAAGAAAUUUGCAAUGCGAAUAAAACCCAGCCUCCGAAAGCGAACGCGCCCUCGGGCCAGCCCGAGGCUCCUCCCCAGAGGAAUGGAAGUGACGCUGAGAACCCUCAAUUAUUAAAUCUCCGGGAAGAAGUCGAGGUACAGAAAAGGACAGCCGAACGCGACAAUUAUGAGAAGAAACUGGCUGAUACGGAAAAUAAAUUAACAGCCCUGGAAGCAGCUUACGAAGCUGCGAUCAGCGGAAAAGAUGACCAGUCGAAUCUUCGCCGGGAGUUGAAGGAACUGAAAAAUAGUUUAGCACAGAGCCAGGCGAAAUUCAACGACCGAGGACGUUUGAUUGCGAAUCAAGAGAACCAAAUAAAUGCACUCGGCAAACAAGUGUCAUCCCUCAAAGAAGUCGUUGCGAUUACGAAAAAUUUACUUGAGAUACGUAACAUGGAAGUUAAGCAUUUGCAGGAGGACGUAGACAGCAUGGAAAAUCGUAUAACGGCAGAGCGCGAACGUCACAACGCGAUGUUGCGAAAAAUGGAAGCUGCGGUUCGACUCAACGCUGAUCUCAAAACCGAAUACGAAACGCAAUUGCGCCUCUUUCAAGAUUUACGAGGUAAAUACGAGGAAAAGGUGACGCUGCUAACGGGCGAAGACAAGACAGUCAAUGGCACUGCUGCAAUUUUGGAAAAUAACUCAACGUCAUCCCCUCCGGCUCAGUAAAGUACCUGAAAUAGAUCGCAUUUUAUUUGUUGUUAGAAGUAUGUCAAACUCGUUGUAACGUUUCUGUACAACUUUACGUUUAUCAUCUCAUUUAAGCAUUUUUACAAAAUUAUUCAAUAUUAAUAAAAUCUCAUGCGAACCUCAAAA